AUGGCUCCAACCGAGUUGGAACAAGUGUUAGCUACUCUUGAAGAUGAGGGAGAGGAUUAUGAAUACAAUGCACUUGCAGAAACUGAUGAAUCAUCAGAAAGUGAUACAGAAUCUUUGAUGGAUUCAUUAACAGAUUCUUCAGAUGAAGAAGAUGAGAACAAUAAUGAUCCAGACUACCAGGCUGAUGAUGAGCGAACACCUCCAGCUCACUCUACAGACACUGAUGAAGGUACUGGUGUAUAUCAUCAACGAAGAACCGGAAAUACAACAUUUUUCUACGAAAAUAUCAAACAUAAGCAAUCACGAGAUGCAAUUCAGCAAUUCCACGACGAAUUACUAGAACUUCCAACCUUAAGAGAGCAGGACGUGUUCUUUAUUAACAAGUUUAAAGAGCUAAAAUUACCUAUUACUUGGGAAGAAACUGUAAAAGUUUUCAAUACAAAUAAGGGUGCACUCCAUAAUCAUUAUACAAGAGGAAUCGAAAUUAAAGAAUGCCAUAGACCAUCAUCACUUACAGAAUUGCAAAAGGAAGAAGUCUUUGAGUGGAUUUUACAAAGAUUUAAUGAACGAAAACCUGUUUCAUAUGAUGAUAUUGCUGUUUUCGUUCAAAAAAAACUUUGA